ACACGGUUGACUACACCACUGGUGGCAUGAUGAGUUUUGCCUGAGUAUUUGCAGUCUUGUUCAACGGCUGCACUGGAAUCAUGGCAGGCUCCAGCAUGUCAGAUGGUGUCUUGGUGCUGGGGAGGAGAAGUGGAAACCCCUGGGUUUCUGAACUUAUCUGCUGGUUUCUUGUACAGGUGGUGUUAUUUGCUGGCAAAUUGAACACCGUUGCUGGCAUUGUAACCAUCUUCUUCUUGUUGGUGUAUGCUGCUGUAAAUCUGGCCUGUUUGGCUCUUGAAUGGGCAUCUGCACCAAAUUUCAGUUCCAUUCAGGCUUUUGCCAGCAUAGCAUUUUUGCUGCUCCUCUGGAUGCUCAUACACUGCCUGCCUGGGGCCCAUCUGCAACUGGGGCUACAUCAGUCAAGCUCUCAUCUUCCAUCAGGUUCGCAAGUACUUGUUGCUUCUGGAUGUGCGGAAGGACCAUGUGAAGUUCUGGAGGUGUUGUUGAUGGUUGCAAACCCUCACACCUGUACGAGUCGUAUGACUUUCAUCAAAGACCUGAAGAAAAGCGGCCUGUAUGUCCUGGGACAUGUGAAGCUUGGACUGCUUGAUGGUUUACCAACUGAUCCCCUGCAGAGCUGUUAUAAUUCCUGGCUGUCUUUGGUGGAUCAUUUAAAAAUCAAGGUGUUUGUGAACCUAACUCUGGCUGACUCGGUUCGGCAUGGAGUUCAAAAUCUGCUGUUCAUCUCGGGCUUUGGUAGGACCAAGUCACUCUAUUUUUAAACUCUUUGACAUUUCUCGCGUAUCAUGCUAAGACAUCUGCUGGCUUUAGGUGGGAUGAGACCAAACACUCUUGUGCUGGGUUUUUAUGAUGAUUGCACACCUGAAGAUGGCCUCACCAGUCAAAUUCUCCCAUCAUUAAGCUUUGGCUCUGAUUCAGUGUGUGCAGCUACAGCCUCUGAGCUUCUUCUUCUCAAGGAACUUAGGAUAUCAGCUUAACUUUACUGAAGUGCUAGGCUAAUGCUGACAUAUUUACUAUUUGAUAUGGCUAAUUAAUUUGGUUUGUAAGAUGCUUAAGUUCCUGGCAAUUUUGUACAGACAAAAGGUACAAGGUGUAAUUGUUCUCAAACAUGGUUUUAAAAGUUCUAAAAUUUAACACGUAGCUCUUCUGCCUGGCUGAUGUAUGUUUUCAGUCGUCUUUAUAUAUGAAAGUUAGAAUUUUUGUGUUUGGAGAUAACCUAAGGAGGACCAAUACAGGGGAAAUUGUACAGAUGGGGAAAAUUGAAGUAACUUAUUUAUUAUUGCUUUCAUUAUCAAUGUCAUCUUACAAGUGAAUAAUUUAGUAAAAACUGAUUUAUUUAAUCAACAAAAUAAUGUACUCAGGCUGCGCCAGUCUUGCAAGUCGUGCAUAGAAAAAUAGUUUGUUUUUGUUCGUUUUUUUUUUUUUAACCUAGCCAUGCAAAAAUAUGACAUGAUGGUUAACUACUGGUGCAAGAGACAGUUGAGACUUUUUGGGUUUUUUUAUUAUAACAUGUUAUUCUCUCAUCAAAAACACUCAUGGAGUAUUAGUUUGAUUCUUUCAUGCUCCCACGGCAGCCUUUCAGGGGUGCCUAAAUGCUUGCGUUCACAGCGUUCCUCUUCGGAGCUGCUGUCUCCAGCAUAGCUUCUCCCUCACAAAGCUCCUCCAGACUAGCGGCAGCAGCAAUGGGAAAAUACCUAGGGGAACUGUGCUUCUGCAGAGCUUAUCAGGAACAUUAUUGAGGAGACAUGCUGAUGGACUGUUAAAAAGAGGAGCUUUUUAAAGAGACAGAUGCCCACUUUCAAGGCAUUUGAAGUCAAAUUUCUUCUAAGUCAUACUUAAUAGAUACAGCAUUUUGAUAACCUUUGAGCUAUGGAAUGAUGCAUAAUACUGCUCCACUUAAAUAUACAAAUUUCUGAAAAUGUCAAAGGAUCCAAGUAAAUUGCAUCAUAGCUUUCCUGCAAUGCCCUCGCCUGUUCUAAAUUAGCAUAGGCCAAUGUGGUUUGAUACUUGACCUACUCUUUUGCCUAAAAUGAACAGUUUAGCUCCAAAUGAUGUGCUUCUAUCUAUUCACAGUGAAUAGAAAGACUUUACGUCAUGUACUGAUUACUUCACUCAAGACAUUUCUUGUGUGUGUGUGAAGGUUCACCUCACUCAACAAACAUCAGCAAAUAGGUGAUUAAGGCAUUUUGCCAACUGAUUAAGCAGAGUCAUUGGCGGCAAAUGCCACGUGUGCUUUGACGAAAUUUCCAUGAGUUCAUUCUGGCUGAGUACUGACACCCACCUACACGUCUCUGACAAACAGCCUGUGAGAGAGAGUGUAUCCCCAGAUGGCGACAGGGUUGGCUCCAUCUAAGACAAAUGGGCAUCAAGAUGCUAUGAACUGCUUUGUGUUUUCUUGGUAUGUCUCUGUGGCUUGAACUUUAUUUGGAAAUAACAAAUUGGCAGCUGUUCCCUCGAAGCCUCCGGUUGCUCAGUUUGGAUGGAUGGAUGUCAGCUCUCUCCACCUACUAAACCAACAUGUAGAGAGGGGGAAGAACUGACUCACUUCCGGAUGCUGAUGAGAUUCACUGAUAAUGGAAAAGCACUUUAAUCCUUGUACAUUUUAUUGUGACCUUUUACUAAGCUGGUGCCGUGUUUUUUCUGUACAUGUAUUUUAUUUGAGUAGUUCCCGUUUUCAAAGGUGGAACAUCACCUCACCACUUAAACUCCAAGAAUUUAAAAUCACCAUUUAACCUAAUGUUUUAUUUGUCAGAGUAACCUGUGAAGAUGUGUGUGCAAACAAGAAGCAUGUUUUUAAAGCACUCCCACUUUAGCUUUAUGUGCACUAUUCUCUACAAAUCAUUUAAAAUUAACUUAGAGAAGGCCUCAAAAGUUUGACCUUCUUUCAAGUUAAGUUUUUAAGUACUUAAUAAUUUUUGAAGCUGCAAUAUACAGUAAAAAUCCUCUAUUUAUAACACAAAAUUACAACCAGUUCCCCUUAAUAUAAAUAUUUGUAACGAAGCAAUGUCUUUAAAGUUCAGACCAGAUUAGAACAAAAACUCACACAUGCAAAGAAAUCAAGGCAAAUUAGUCCCCAAAUGAAAUUAUCAAUAAAAGAAAAAGGACAUUCAUUGAACCCACUUACAAAAUUGUAUUAAAUGCUUCCAUGGAAAGAGCUUUUUUUCCCAACUUUUCUCCUUUAUGGAGAAACUAGUGCAUUCAUUACUCAUGUGUGAGUUUGACCCACUGUGUCUUCUACACAAACGCUUCAAAUCUUAAAGGUUUGUGUUUGGGACUCUUUUCUAUGCACUCUGAUCUUCGGUUCUUUCCAUUUUUAGUUGGAUCAAAGUCAGGUGACUUGAUCAUUCUGGCACAGUUUUACUGUCUUAUCUGAAUCAAAAUAACAGUCCCCUUGUUUGUGUUUGGAACUAUUGUCUCAGUUUUAUGGUUUUUUUACCGGCUUGUCCAAAUCUUCUGCUUCUACCUUUAAAACAAGUGUUAGAAUAAUUUUUUUCCAACAGUUUUGCAUCUGCAUCAACAGUGCGCAAAGAGGCAAUUGUGUUGAGUGCAUUACCUGUAAUUUUCAAUGGAUAAAAUUGUACCUGCUCAUUUCAAGACUCUCAAAAACUGUUUGAGAGUCUGGUUUUUGGACAACUCUUGUUUGAAAUUUUCAUUUCUCUGCACCAGAAAUGUUACGAGGGGCACCUGACCUGGUUACGGCUGGUUUACUGUGAUGUUCUUCUGGAUUAUGGCUCUAACAGCGCUCACAAUGGUACAUUCAUAAGUUUAGAAAUGCAGCUGUAAUCACUGUAUAUUUUGAAACAUUAAGAUUUUUGGGAAUUUUUUUUUGCUUCGCCAACCAUAAAACCCCAAUACUUUCUAAUAACAAACCUAAACUAGUAGAUUCCUUUACAAAUAGCAAGAAAAGCUUAAAACAGCAGUUUCUGAGGUUUCUUUGUCUUUUUAGAUUCAUUUCUUGACAUUUAUUGAGUUUUUUCUGUUAUACACUUCUUUUUUAACCAUUAAUUUAAUCCGAAGACUGAUUUGCUUUAAUUACUUUUGAUGUGCGGGAUAUCUGGGUUGUUGCUGACAUUUGGUGUGAAUUUUAUGUAAAUGAUCUCAUUUAAACUAAUAAAAAGCU